UAUAAUGAAAUGCAGGAAAGGCUUGCAAACCACUUAUUAACUCCAUUUUAUGCACUAAUUAAGCACCUAACCUCUUGUAGUGGUGUGAGGAUUUAAAAAAAAAAAUUAUUCAACUGCAUAUAUUGGAUUUGCUUCUAAGCAAAUGACUAUUGUAGGUAGGUACCUUAUUUCUAGACACAGGAGAACAAAUCCAGUUUCUCUACUUACUUAUUGGCUUUUAAAAGUGAAAUAAAAAGUUAGGUUCCAUUUUUGUGGAGGUUAGAAGAGGAAAGAGUAUUCAAAAUUAGUUGUGGUUUGGUUUUUGUUUUCAAAACAAGUCUUUUUUAACUUGUAACUACCUUCAUUGAAACUGAAAUGCUUUCAAGUACGUUCUAAAUAAACAAAUAGACGUAUGAUCUUAUAUGCGGUCUGACCUGAAGGAUUAUUUGUGGGUGAACUCUAGCGUUAAGGGUUGUUAGAUCAAGAAGUAUAAUUAUAUUGUACUGUGGAAGAAUGAUUUUUCUUUACUCAGUUCUGUAUUAGUUCUGGUAAAUAUUGGGCUGGCAAUAUGUGUUAUCCCUGUUUAGUAUAUAACUUUUAAACACCUAUGGUUUUUUGCUUAUAUGGACUCAUUUUCUCUAAAGAAUCUCUGCCUAUAGGUUCUAUUUUUCUGGAAAACUUAAGACAAUAACUAAAAUGAUUUAAGCUUUGUUAGUGCAAUUUUUGAUGACAUUGUCAGAAGACUUUGCAAGACCUAUUGGUUACUUAUAUGACAUAAUUCCGGUGUGCUUGAAAAUAUCACAGCUGUCAGCCACUGGAAGUUAUUCAGCAAUAGUUAUGAACUCCCGUUUACGAGCCUUAGGUGGGAGGAUAAAUAACAUACGAGCAUCAGAGCUACCAAAAGAGAAAACCCGAUCAGAGAUAAUCUGUAACGUCCACUUUUUGGAUGGCUCAGUACAAAGCUUCAAAGUCAACAAACAAGACACUGGACAGAUUUUGUUGGAUAUGACCUAUAACCAGUUGGGUGUGACGGAGAAGGAGUAUUUUGGUUUACAGCAAAAUGAAACAUCAGUAGAUUCACCUUUUUUCAUUUCACAGCGAUGGCUUGAACCAAGCAAACCUAUUAGAAAACAGUUAAAAGGAGGUUUUCCCUGCACCCUUCGUUUUCGUGUAAGGUUUUUUAUACCUGAUCCUAACACACUUCAGCAAGAACAAACCAGGCACUUAUUCUUUCUGCAAUUGAAGAUUGAUAUUGCAGAAGGAAGGUUGUCAUGCCCCAUUAGUUCUGCUGUUGUCCUGGCAUCGUAUGCAGUACAAUCACAACUUGGAGACUAUAAUGCUUCUGUACAUCAUUCAGGAUAUCUCUCAAAUUACAACUUUAUACCAGAGCAGAACAAAGAUUUUCUUACCAAAGUAGAAUCUCUACAUGAGCAACACAGUGGCCUCAAGCAAUCUGAAGCAGAGUCCUGCUAUAUGAAUAUAGCACGAACACUUGAAUUCUAUGGAGUGGAAUUGCACAGUGGUAGAGAUCUCCAUAAUCUAGAUCUUAUGAUUGGGAUUGCAUCCGGUGGAAUUGCUGUAUACAGAAAACUCAUCUGUACAAGCUUCUAUCCCUGGGUGAACAUAUUAAAAAUUUCCUUUAAAAGGAAAAAGUUUUUUAUACAACAACGGCAAAAACAUAAUGAAUCCAGAGAGCAUAUUGUUGCCUUCAACAUGUUAAAUUACAGAGCAUGCAAAAAUCUGUGGAAAUCUUGUGUAGAGCAUCACACAUUUUUUCAGGCAAAGAAGUCACUACCUCAUGAAAAAAAGAUAUUAUCACAUUAUUGGACCCUGGGUUCCAGAAAUCCAACUAAGUCUGUAAACAACCAGUACUGCAGAAAAGUGAUAGGAGGGAUGGUUUGGAACCCAUCUAUGAGACGGUCCUUAUCUGUUGAACAUCUAGAGACCAAAAGCCUUCCUUCUCGAUCACCUCCUGUUACCCCUAAUUGGCGGAGUCCUAGACUACGUCAUGAAAUUCGUAAGCCAAGACACUCAUCUGUAGAUAACCUCACAAAUGAGAUUAGUUAUAUCACUGAAACAGAGGAUGUUUUUUAUACAUAUAAGGGCUCUCCAACAUCAAAGGACAGUGAUUCAGAGUUCUCUCAGAACCGCAGUCCACAGAGGAGGUCAUCUGAACAAGAAUCACCAAAGAAUGUAUUGGAUAACAGUCCAACGCGGAGUUCUCUGACCCAUAUCUCACCUAAAGCCUUGGCUCAGUCUCCCAAUGGAGUUGGCAACAUUUCUGGCUCUUACCCUUUGGAAGGGGUGGAUAAACAGUUCUUAGAAACAUAUGACAAUGUUACAAAAAGUAGCUCAACAGAAGAUUCCAAUCAGUACUACUGUGAUAAGAAUGACCUAAUUGAAGGAGAUUUACUUUUGGUGCGUAUCAUACCAGAUGAAGAUGGGAAGUUUGGAUUUAAUCUAAAGGGUGGAGUAGAUCAAAAAAUGCCACUAGUAGUAUCAAGAAUAACUCCAGGAUCACCUGCUGAUAAAUGCAUUCCAAAGCUGAAUGAAGGUGAUCAGAUAGUAUUAAUUAAUGGCCGAGAUAUCUCAGAACACACGCAUGACCAGGUGGUCAUGUUCAUAAAAGCCAGCAGAGAAUCUCACACAAGAGAGCUUGCACUUUUGGUCAGGCGGAAAGUUAAACAGUUUGUGGAUUCCAAAUCAGAGGAUGAAGCUGAUUCCCACAAUCUCGCGGAAUCUAUUCUUCCUGUCUGUUCUGAAUAUGGUGGUGAUACACUGGAGGAGUCUAUGGAACAACUAAGAAGAGGGCUAGAAAGUGGAACUGUCCUUAUUCAGUUUGAGCAACUUUAUAGAAAGAAACCAGGGUUGGCUGUUACAUGUGCAAAGGUACCUCAGAAUAUGGACAAGAAUAGAUACAAAGAUGUUCUACCUUAUGAUGCCACAAGGAUAAUAUUGCGAGGAGAUGAAGAUUACAUUAAUGCAAAUUACGUGAAUAUGGAAAUUCCUUCUGUGGGCAUUGUGAACAGGUACAUUGCUACUCAGGGGCCUCUUCCACACACAUGUGCACACUUCUGGCAAGUAGUCUGGGAUCACAAGUUGUCAUUGAUCAUCAUGUUAACAACUCUUACUGAACGAGGACGGACCAAAUGUCAUCAGUAUUGGCCUGAUCCACCAGAUGUAAUGGAAUAUGGCAGCUUUCGAGUCAGAUGCCACUCUGAAGACUGUACAAUUGCUUAUGUUGUUAGAGAAAUGGUGAUUACAAAUGUUGAGACAGAACAACAACACACCGUCACCCAUCUCCAAUAUGUAGCUUGGCCUGAUCAUGGCGUUCCUGAUGACUCCAUGGACUUCUUGGAGUUUGUGACCUGUAUGAGGCCAAAGAGAGUAAAGAAUGAGCCAGUUCUUGUUCAUUGCAGUGCAGGAAUUGGUCGCACUGGUGUAUUGGUCACUAUGGAAACAGCCAUGUGUUUAAUUGAAAGGAACCAACCUGUUUAUCCACUGGAUAUUGUAAGAAAAAUGCGAGACCAACGAGCUAUGAUGGUGCAAACAUCGAGUCAAUACAAAUUUGUUUGUGAAGCUAUUCUUCGUGUUUACAAAGAAGGAUUGGUUCGACCACUGGAUUCCAGUUAGCACAGCAGUGAAGAAUGCAUUCUUUUUUCACCUAAAAAAGACUGCUCUUUAAAUAAAGCAAGGGCUCAUUUCUCAAAGCAACUAGGAUGGACUAGAAGCCCAUGAAAAGACAGAUGAGCACAUUUGAACUGUGGCACUUUAAAUUUCUCAAGAAGAUUGCUAAAUCAUGUACAGUGUAACAAAGUCAUGUAGAUAAAUAUAUGACAGCAAUUGUGUGUAAUAUGCUUUAUUCACAUAGACGACCAUAAACAAUCAUGGAAACCUUAAUACAUAUCUUUUACUGCCUUAAAACACCCUCCACUUUGGAAGUUAAAAAUUGCUUGUAUUUUAUUUGAAAUAACAAAAAGAAAACUCAUAGUAUUGAAAUGAUUCAGCUUAAGAGGGUAUUUUAAUAUAUUUGUAUUGUAUGAAAGUUCAUUGAAGGUGAAUAUUUUUAAUUUCCUUAUUGGGAUACUAAGUAUUCAUGGAAAUGCAGCCUUGACUACUAAAAUGAUGACAAAGAGCUUUAAAGGCUAAUGCAUAACUACUGUAUAUUAAGAGCUGGAGAAAUUUAGUAUUCAUUUACCAUAAAUCUAUUAGUGAGUUCGCCAGCUGUUAUAAUAUGCUGCUUAGAAAUCACAUCUACUGUAUGUGAUGUGAAAAUAAUGCUGCAUUUAGGCAUUUAUGCAGAUGGUACAGUCUACAUCUUCUGUUGAUCAAUUUUAAUUGCAACUUGCCCUUUUAACAGUGACCUACUUCUUACAGUUUUAGUUAUUGUACUCCUUUACUUCUGUUUCUGCUGUCCAUCUACUUUAUGCUUGUUUUUCAGUCAUGUGGACUGAAAACAUUGUAACUUAAAAUGAGUUUUAAUUCUCUGUCAUGUUUGUUUCCAUGUGUAUUUAUGAGUUCUCAGAUGUAAAUGUGGAUUAAUGUUGCACACAAGUACUAGACUUUUGACUUACUGUAUAUGCAAAGUAAUCUAAUCCAAUACUGGAAGAAAAAUUACUACUGAACCCAUCAAAUAUGUUGCUGCUAUUUCAAGGUGUGAAGCUUACAAGGGCACAGGUGUUGCUAGUGUUCAGACGGUGAUAAAAUGAUGACUUGCUGCCCUCCAGCAAAAAUGCUCUUAUCCAGUGGAACACAGCUCCCCUUUGCAAGAGUUCUGCGGAUUUACUGUGUUUCUUGCUUAUACAGAAAUGCAGCUAAAUUCACAUGAAGAUUUGUGUGGAAAGAGAGAAUGAAUUUGUAUAUCGAUGAAUAAUUCACCCUAAGGUACACUGGUCUCUAUUUCAUUUCAGAUGGGAGAAUUAGACUUUCUGAACAAUAUAACCACAUUUGUAUGAUUUUAAUUUAUUUUGUGUGUGCUUCUUGAUUGCCCUGAGAUAGCUAUUAAUUUUUUUAAUGGUGUUUAAAAAAUAUUCUAAGGGACUGUUUAAAACUCUGUUAUUUAAAAGAUUAGUCCUAAGUAAGGAAAAAUUUUUAUGGGGCAUAUUAACCAGAUGUUUAUAUGUGUAUAAAAGAGAAAAUGAAAUAAUUUUUGAGAGAUAUAUAUGCACACACAUAUUCAGAUAUAUUUUAGAAUUAUGGUUUGUAUUAUGGAUAUUAUCCUUUAUAUCUGGAGUUUCAUUAUAGAAACUAUCACCACUGUACAGUAUGCAUCUCUCAUGUUACCAAAGGUUAUGUUUUUUUCCCCUAGGAGAUAACUAAAAAGUGAAUGUAGGAUGUGCUAAAUUGCUGACUCUUGUCUUCUGUAGGCUUGGACCUUUCUCCAAGAUCGCAUUAUUAGUCAUAGCUAAAGAAGAUACCUGGUUACUAUUGAUCAAAAAUUUUAAUUGCAACACCCAGGGUAAUUGGCAACAUGGAAACAUUCUUGGCUUUGUUAGGUUGAAGGCUGAAUAGAUUUGUGCUCAUUCUUAAAUGCUGCAUUCCAAAUUUCACUUUGAAUGAAGUUUUUGUAGUAUUUUGGAUCAUUGUCCUCUUGCUUGAUUAGGCAUAGAUUGGAAGGCAAAAGACCGCACCUCUGGUUCACAUUUAUCUUGCUAAACUGCAUCCAAUCACUCAAUCUAUCUGUGUGACCAAAUGUAAAAUGAUUCUGGACAUGCACAUAUAGCUCGGGAAGCUUCUUUGGAAAAUGCAUGUAGAAAAGUGUUGCACAAGUGCAGGCCGCUUGCUGCUGUUAGAAUAUUGAGCAGUGAGAAAACAUAGUGGAUCUUUCCCAGGAAAGGAGUAGUGGGUAGUAAAGAAUGUAUAGUCUCCUGGAUGGUUAACAAAAGCCUCCUUUAUGUUAUGCGUGUGCCUGUCUGUUAAAACAUUUUUUUUUCCCUUUUUUUUUAAAUAUUUUUAUUUUCUUUUUUAAAACAUUUUUAUUUUCUUUUUUUUCGUGUUUUGUUGUGCCCAGGUCUCAGAGUCAUCCCUUGCAGUUGGCAUGACUUGCAUUUAAUGGUUUGUCAAGAAGUGAAAAAGGCAAAAAAAUAAAUUGUAAAAAAUAUCUAGAGCAACUUGUGACAUCCGUUUCUUUCAUGGAAAUACUUAUGGUAUCUUUGUGUUCAAGGUUAUUGCUAUAUUCCUGUUGUUAUUUAUGUUUCUUGGUGUUGAAUAUGUACUUACCAAAGCACUGUAAACUUAUUCCUUAUUUAACUCCAGUCUCAAAAUAUAUGGUAUGGGCUUGAUUUGUGUUAGUAUGUGUGUGUUUAAGUGAUGAUGGUCAUAUUGUGACAACAAAUGCUGCUUUUGUUGGGUUUAGUUAUACCAUUGGUGAGUUCUUACUUAGAUUUUAAUAGCUUGUUUGAAAUUGCUAACUAUGGAGAGACUACUCAAAGCUAUAAAAAUAGUAAUCUCUAUAAAUAGUAAUCUCUAUAAGAUUUUUUUUUUUUUUUGUAAAACCUUAGAGGAAAUAUUAACUACACAAUAUCUUGUACAUUGUGUCCAUCUUUAUUUCAGUCUUGCUGGGUUUUGCACAUGUACCUGUAGGGUCCAUAGAGGAGAUUGAAGGGGUUUUGUUUUCUCUCUGUAGUGUGUAAUGACUUUGCACUGAAUGAAGUAUGCCUUAGAUCUGAUCUUGCAAUGAAAGCAUAAUCAAGAAAACAUCUUCUUAAUGCCAGCUUUUGUUUCCACAAAAAUUAAGAAAUUAAUUUGACUGAUCAUUCUGGGGUUUUUUUUUGUAGGAGUUAAAACUCCUAACACAAAGCUUUUAAGUGUCAGCCAAUUGACAAAUGGCAGAAAAUGCUGUGAAGUCAAGAUUCUAUAUAACCUUCAUAAACAGUUUAACCUUGAUUUUGCCUGUGCUGGUAUGAUCAUGACAAUAAGUAUUCAAAACGUCUAGUGUGGUGGUGGAUGAAGAGGGAGCAAUAAACCUUUGAGGUUUUCAUCACUGUGAAAUACACUAACAUUUAUUCUACAGAAUUAAACAAAUUUUAACUAUGUGGCUUUAUAUUUGAUACAGAAGUAACUUAUCUGCCUAUUUAGAGUGUCUUCAGAACUCUCACAGGGGAACACUUCUGAGACAGAGGGACAGAUCUUGCCAUGUAUUGAAAAUUAAAAAAAAAAAAAAACAGAGUGCCCUAAACCACGAAUGCCUUUUAUGUAACUGGAUGGAUGAAAUAUAAAUCAUUAAAAUACAAACAAACAUUGAGUAGUGGUGGUGUUUUGAAGAAAAAAAAAUUAAAAGAGUAGUUUUGUAAUCCAGCAGUUUGCUUUCAGUAAUCCUGUUUUUUAGGUGUUAGUACUAAAUUACAUGCAGUCAAAAUAUACCUAAGAAUUCAGCAAUAACUCUUCAUAUACACUCAGUGUUUUUAACAGUUGAUUUUCCUUUUUACCUUCUUUUUUUCUACUAUGCAGUACUUGGUUAAAUAUAUAUGUAUUUCAAAAAAUUGUUGUUCUGGACUAUUUAAUGAAUGAUGCAUUGACUUAAUUACAAGUUUAAGAUGAUACUGUUUUACAACAAAAGCUCUUCUCUGUAGAUAGUAUUCUUGUGUGUCAGACUGAAUGCACAAACGGCCCCUGAAUGAAAAUAUUGAAAAUAGACACACAUGGUUAAUACUCAGUCAAUUAUAAUUUAAACAUCAUUAUUUCACUGAUAAUGGCCUUACUUUUAUAUCUUAAAAUGUAACAUCGAAGUGCAAGUUUAUUUUACUCCAUCCCAUAAGGCCUUUCCAGAGAGAACAUAUGCUGAGAAAUGUUUGUAUUUUGAUUAGUAACCUGCAAUCAGUUCUACUUGGUUAAAAGCAUUUAUUAAUUGAAGCUAUAUAGAAGAUAAAGUUGUGUCAUGAAAUACUUUGUUCAAAGGCAGUUGAAAGCCAAAUGAAUGAUUAAUUUAUUAUAUAAAACAUAAUGUUUUGAUUAAAUGGAUUCUCUUGCAUUUAAGUUCUGACACUGAUAGUGUUAAGCCAUCUCAGAUGACUGUCUGUUUUAACAAUAGUAUUACAUUAACAGUUUAAAUAUAGUAAUCUAGUGCAAUAUGAUUUAGUUAUAGUGUACUUUAACAUAUUUAAUGUUCCAGCUGUUCACUAGCUGUACAAUCUUCUAACAGUAGUACCCACAAUCAGUGAAACUUGCCAUCCUAAAAAAACAGUAAGUUUCUCUGAAUGAAAAGGAAGGAGUAGCCCAUAAUAUUGAUAGAUUUAACCAUUUUUCAGCCUCAACUGACCCUGUGACAGUAGUGAUCUUACCACUCAUAAGGAGCAAAUAUUGAGAAUCAGUAAUAUUAUGGAAAUAUGGAAAAGAUAAGUUGUGUGGACUGUUGAUAUUGUUUAGUUUUGGCUGUAGUUAAGAGACCAGUAAUUAUUGCCAUUUUUUUUUUUUUUUGAAGACAUUCAUCUCAAGAGGUGACUGUGGGAAUGGAGAGUAGAAUGUGGGUUUAUUGACUCUCUCCUAAUUCACUUGCAGCCUACUUUGAUAAAAGGCUUAGAUUAUGUGUUAUUGUGGGCUUGGCUGCAAGUUUUGUAUCUUUAAUUAAAUUUGUACUUAAAAUAUUAAAGCACUGAUUUUAAUAGACAUUAUUGAAACACUUCAGAUUACUGUUAACUGUGCAACUUCUGUUUACUUGGCUUUCAUGGUUAUUGUUUUUGUUUUACCUUGUAAAAACACUUUGAGGUUUUCCCCAACUGUAAAACUGGCUUUGUCCUAAAUGGGCAAAGUGAUGUUACCAUUGCUUAAGAUAGGAUGUUACUUACACCUGCCAAAGGUGCAAUGUGGUAUUCAGACCAGCCUGAACUGAGCUCCUUUCUGAGGAAUUUAAACAGUGUUACCAACAGUGGUAGAAAUCAUAAUCAUAUGUGGAAAAGCAUGUAGGAAAUGCUUUGUUCAGGGCAGAUAAGACCUGAGUUUUAUUUAAAAAUAAAAACAGACUAAAAAAUUUGUGAAGAUGAGAAUGUUUUUAAAAGCUAAGUUAGGGAUGGUAAAUACGCUAUUUUUUCCUUUUGCAGAACACUUCUGUGUUUUAGACACAUCAAUUCUCUUGGAGCAAUUUCAGUAGUAAAGAGUCCUGCUAUUGAGGGGAUUUAAUUUUUGUCAAACUGACUUAGAAAAUAAUUUUAAGUGGAACAUCUUCCGUAUUUACUGGUUUGUGCUUUUAAGUAACAUUAAAAAAACAAACAAACAAAAACAACCAAAAACCAAAAGGAAAAAAAAAACCCAUGAAACCUUUUUCCUUUAAAAUUAUUUUGGCUGUUUUCACUUGAUAUCUUUUUCUGAGACGUAAAUGAAACCCAAAUGUGGCUGGGUAACUAGUGAGGUUGCCCCACAUACUGGGAGGAAGGAGAUGCUUUUCUAGAUCUAUCAAAUCUCUUACCUAACAUCAGUUACCAACUGAAACCAGUAUAGCAUUAUAUUUCUAUCAGCCUUUUGCAGCAUAAACAUUCUGUAAAUAGGAAAUCCUUGAAGCUUGCUCUCGCAAACAUCAUAAGUCAUCUUGUAUCGAGCUAGAAUUUAUCCUUAAAAACAAACAAACAAAAAACAAACACCAAAAACAACCCCAAACAGUAAAAUAUGAAUCUUCAAGUAAAGAAUGACAAUUUACCAAAUUCUAUACAAGGUAUACCUUUUAUAAGGAAAAAAAAUAGUAAAAAGGCUAGCUGCUAGAAUUAUCUUCUUUGCUGUGGGUGCAUCUUAAGCAGUCAUAAAGCAAACUAGUUCUCAGCUAGUAUGCAGUAUGGCCACUAAAGCACAAAAAUUGCAUCAUCAGCCUAACUGCCAGAUUAAUUUCUCAACUUUCUUGCAAAGGGUUGGUUGCAAUCCUGAUUUGAAAGGAAGGAGAAAGGGCUGAUUUCCUUAGAGAAGAAACUGAAAGUGUGCUCAGUAAAUCCACAGUCUAUAUUGAUCUUAGUGGGAUUGUAGUUGUAUUAUCUAACCUGUCUAGUUGAAAGUAAGAUCAGGUGUGUCUUUUUGAGUUUGAAGAAUAUUGAGGCCCUCCAUUCUAGAAAAAAGCUGUGGGCUUCAUUUGCUUCAGUUGAGCAGCAGGUUGGCAUGGUAGCAGUUGAGAUGCUCUUUAUUUUGAUUGCUCUUCCAAUUCAGAGCUUUGCACACAUGAAUGAAAACUUGCCUUUUAUCAGGAAUUAAAUUACCAUCUGUAGAAAUUAGGUGGGGAAUUAUUAUAUACACUUAAAUGUAAAUUGAUUUCUAAUCCAGGUUUUGCAAAAUAAAUGGCAGGUAUCAGUGCUUAUAUUCCAGUGACCUGUGUACUGAGACAUUUUCACACUUCAUUGUGUAACCUUAAUAGAGAGAUACAAGAUAAAUAAUGGGGACAGUCCUAUAAUGGUUUUGAAAAUCUACCAGCUGUUCAUUCUGUCAAAUGAUGUAUAGUAUAAAACUGACCUUGAUAUGUAGAUGUGCUUAAUAAUGUAGAAUCAAUUACAUAACAAUUGGGAAAGCCAAAGUUGUUUGGAUUUUUUUGCAAGUUUUGCAAAAGAUUUAGCAUUCUAGUCACUAAGUUUGUAUUUUCAAAUAUGUUCAGUUUGCGUUUUUGUGAGACAUGUAGAAAAAUCUUGGAAGAUAUUAUCCAUUCAGGAACUCUGGCUGAGUUUUCUUUUUUAAAUUUUUCUUUUUCCUGUAGCACUCUAUAGUUUCUUCUGAGAUCCUGGGUGCCAGUGCAUUAAAGGAAUAAAAGAAUGUAUUUGGAAAGUGAGGAAAGAGAUUAUUUUGUAUUCUCCACUGUACUUUUCAUUUAAAUCAUUUGAAAUGUAAAUUGAUGUUGAUAUUACAAAGUUUAAUUUAUUGUUCAAAAGUGUAGACACUUCUUGAAAUGAAUGUAUACUUUUUCUUUUUUAUUUUUAUAGGAAUAAAGUGUUGGUUAAUGUUUUUGGUAUAGCUUUCUUGAGUUCUGGAACUGUUUUGAACAAAAAUAUAGCCACCAUUUUAUGCAUAUUGGUUAUAUGACUAA